CGUAGCUUAAUAUCAAUCGUGGCUUGAAUAUUUUGUUGAUAGUGUUCUGCUUUUGAAAUAGAAAAUUGAAUUUGAUAUAACACAGAUGAUGAAACAUGAACACAUCAACAUCUGAAGAUUCUUCACAACGUUCUGAAGAAAACAUAAAUACGGAUGAUCCGUCUAAUGUGGAUGAGAAAGCACCUUUGUGGAUUUAUGUGAACAAAAUUGAGAAGCUAGCAGGGGGUGGAUCGUGGAGGUUUAAAUGCAAAUUUUGCAAGACAAUAUAUGUUGGAUCUCAUAGUAGAGUUGUGACUCAUCUGGUACAAGAAGGAAUUAAGGGAAUUAAAGGAUGCUCUAAGGUUACUUCUCAACAAAGAGCCAACAUGAAAAAGUUAGUUGAAGAUUGCAAAGAGAGGAUAAAACGUGCAGCUCCUAAACCAGUCCCAUUGCCAUCGUCAUCAAGGAAUGCAGCUAGUUCUUCUCUCGAUUAUGAUAUGAGCUAUAGAGAUCAUGUUGUAAGUGGGUUUGAUCCAAAGAAAAUAAAAGGAAUGGGUACUCCUUUGGAAAAAUCAUUUAAGAAUGAGGCUAGGGAGCAAUGUGAUGGUGAGGUAGCUAGAAUGUUCUACACAGGCGAUUUAUCUUUCAACCUUGCAAGAAAUCCUCACUACCAAAAAUCAUAUACGCGUGCAUCAUACCUUCCCGGAUAUGUUCCUCCUGGAUAUAAUUCAUUGAGGACUACACUUCUUCAGAAAGAAAGAAAGAAUCUUGAUAUGCACUUGUUGCCUUUAAAGAACACAUGGAAACAAAAAGGAGUUAGUGUAUGUAGUGAUGGUUGGUCAGAUCCACAAAGAAGACUGAUAUUUAACUUGAUUGCUGCAAAUGAGAGUGGUCCAAUGAUGUUAAGGGCGAUUAAUAGCCAAGGUGAAACAAAAACUGGCGAGAUGAUUGCGGAUCUGAUUAUAGAAUGCAUCAAGGAGAUUGGGCAUGAAAAUGUGGUUCAAGUAGUCACCGACAACGCUUCAAAUUGUGUAAAAGCUGGUUCACUAAUUUCAACCAAAUUUCCUACUAUCUUCUGGACUCCAUGUGUGGUACAUACCUUGAAUCUUGCUUUGAAGAAUAUAUGUUCACCAUUACAAACCACAAGAAACAAUGAAGAUGUGUAUGAAGCUUGUUAUUGGAUAAAGUCUCUCAGUGAGGAUGUUAUUUGGAUCAAGAAUUUCAUCAUGAAUCAUGGAAUGAGACUUGUGAUGUUCACAGAGCAUUGCGAUCUUAAACUUCUUACAAUUGCUUCUACGAGGUUUGCAUCCACGGUUGUAAUGUUUAAGAGAUUUAAAAAAAUAAACACCGGAUUGCAACAAAUGGUGAUUAGUCCUAAAUGGGAUGAUUAUAAAGAGGAUGAUGUGGCAAAAGCAUCUGCGGUGAAAAAAAAGAUAUUAGAUGAGAUGUUUUGGGAUGAACUUGAAUAUGCUUUAACUUUCACAUUGCCUAUUUAUAAUGUGAUUAGAGCUGCUGAUACUGAUAGACCUUCUCUUCAUUUAGUCUAUGAUUGGUGGGAGAGUAUGAUUCAAAAUGUGAAGAAGGCUAUCUUUAGAAAAGAAAGAAAAGAAUUUGAUGACUACUCAGUUUUUUGGAAUGCCGUGCAAUCUAUUUUGACGUCACGUUGGAGCAAGAGUAACACCCCUUUACAUUGUAUGGCACAUUCUUUGAAUCCCACAUAUUAUAGUUCAGAGUGGCUUGGAGAAGAGACCAUUAGAAAAGCUCCACAUCAAGAUUUGGAGGUUACAAGAAAAAGAAAAAAUUGCAUCAUGAGAUAUUUUCCAGAUCAAGAUGAAAGGAGAGAGGUUAACGUUGAAUACUCUAAUUUUUCUUUAUGCUUGGAAGAUUUUGGUAGUGUUGAUGCAAUGCAUGAUAGGUUUAUCUUAGAACCUUUAAAAUGGUGGGCUGUUCAUGGAGCUUCAGCACCAAAGCUCCAAGCUUUAGCAUUUAAGUUGCUUGGACAACCUUCUUCAUCAUCAUGUUGUGAAAGGAAUUUGAGCACUUACAAAUUCAUACAUUCGGCAACAAGAAACAAGAUUGCUCCACAAAGAGCAGAAGAUUUGGUAUUUGUGCAUACUAAUCUUCGUCUUCUAUCUAGAAGGAGUUCUACUUAUAAAGAUGGUCCUAAUCAUAUGUGGGAUGUUGGUGGUGACCAGUUUGAUUCAUUGGAUGAGAUAAAUCUUGGAAGACUUGAGUUUGAGGAUCUUUCUCUUGAUGAACCAGAGAUGGAGUCUGUUGUGUUUGCUAAUGGUGAUGAAAAUGAAAAGGAAGACGAUGGUCCAAAUCUUUGACUUAUGCGUUAUGUUUUUUUUUU